ACAGGAUAAAGAUGAAAUAAAUGUCUGCUGUCAAUGAUGUAUAGAUUAGUGUUACAGAAAUCUGUCACAGUGACAGGUGUUAGUUGUGUAUGGCACAUUACCCGUGUAUCCUCAGACCGGGUCUGGAUCAGUGAUGAUUAUAACAAUCUCAUCUUGACAAACACAGCAGGGGAUAAACUACAUUAUCUGACAGAUAUAGCUAGUGGUUAUGGAGGACACACAGUGACUAGAGACGGUGAUUUAAUUUAUAUAGACAGUAGAUAUAACAUCAACAAACUGUCUACAGAUCACAGAGUACAGACUACAUUAAUAAAGUACAACACAGCACCAUGGGAACCACGGUGUGUCUACAGCUCCCCCUCCACUGGAGACCUGCUGGUCGGGAUGUAUAAUACUGAUACAUGGACAGGCCAGGUAAACCGUUACAAUAACACAGGACAACACAUACAGACCAUACAGUACAACAACACAGGUCAGGGACUGUAUAGAUGGCCUCACUACAUCACAGAGAACCACAAUGGAGAUGUUAUUGUGUCUGACUAUGACCGUUAUGCUGUAGUGGUGACAGAUCAUGUAGGAAGAUAUCGCUUCUCCUACACAGGACCUCCAUCAGGAUCAGGACUAUGGCCACUUGGAAUCUGUACUGACGCGCUGUCACACAUCCUGGUGUGUGAUUAUAACACCUACACAGUACAGAUGAUUGACAAGGACGGGCAAUUCCUGUCACAGAUAGAGAGAGAACAACACGGGAUAGACAGACCACAGGGCCUGAGUUAUGAUGAUAGAACUCACUUACUCUGGAUUGGAUCACGGUACAACAACAAAGUAAACAUCUAUAGACUUAAUUAUGGAGACUCUCUGACCGGUCUCCCUCUGGAGAAGUUGGAGUGUAAGAAGCAUCCCAGAGGUACAUUGUCCCAGUUCUGUAUCCCGUGUGAGGUUGCCUUGUGUGAGAUGUGCAUCAAGACCUCUAGUGAUCAUAAAAGACAUGAUGUUAAAGAUGUUGAGAAAUUGUUUUAUGAAAUUCACAAGAGAAAAGAUGGAGAUGCAGUUUUAAUGUGCCUUCUUCUUUGCCAGAACUACGAAAUAAAUCUUAAAGAAAAACAAUGGAUGGAGAAAUAUAAUGCUGUGGCUAAAGUUUUCAAAUUCAAGAAGAUUAAGAAACAAUCUGAUCUUAGCAGUUUGGAAAAGUACAAGCCAAUACUGAAACAUGAUAGUUCAAAAGUCACAUUUUCUCGUGAAUUUUUCAAACACACCAGUUUUCUUAGAUUUGCGAAAAAAUUAGUAUUUAUUGAUAUUUUUCUGGCAUUGGCAAUAAAAGAAAACAUAGCAGAGUACUGUAGAACAUGGGCCUAUCCAAAGAAAGAGGGUGAAGUCUUUUGCUGGUUAUUGCCACAGCAAACUGACCAAUUUAUAAAAAGACUUGGAGAGGAUAUUUGCAGACACCCAACAAUACAGGACCCAACAAUUCAGGAAACUGUAAUUGACAAAUUUGGAAUACCAAUGCAGAUCAUAAUAAGGGGAGAUGACUCAGUGAAGAAUUUCUUGGAGAAUCUGAAAAAAGGGGAGACAACGAUGUACCACGCCUGUGGGAUGUUAGUAGGAUGUGGAGGAAGUGGAAAGUCGACGCUGCUGGGGAGGUUAAAGGACAUCGAUGUGAAGAAAAUUAAGAAACGCACAAGAUCAACCAGAGGCAUAGACGUUCACACCGACGUUUUUGAUGUGUCAGACACAAUCAAAGUGAGUACUUCAAACCAAAAGCAACACUUCAAGGUUGGAAUUGAUGGAACAAGUAAACAUCGAAGGGUUCCUGAACCUCCUGAAGAAUUAUAUGAUGAAAUGAAAGCGAUGGAUUUUGAUGAUCGAGGGGAUAAUGGAGAAGACACUGUUAGCGAAGCCACUAAUGAUGAAGAGAUGUCACAUGACAACAAGGAGAAAGAAAGCGAGUCAUUUAAAGGAGACGAAGCCGCGGCUCCAUUUUUUGAAGAAGCAGAAGGAAAAGUAAAGGAAAGUAAAACUGUUGCUGAGAAUUCAGAAAAUUUAGGAAUUUUACAAGUUUCCAAAAAUGUCUCGGAUGAACCAGAGAAAAAAAUCUCCAUGGUUGACUUUGCGGGACAGUGUUCAUAUUAUUCUUCACAUCAGAUUUUCCUGAGUCCACGUGCAUUCUUCAUUCUGGUGCUCAAUAUGGAGAAAAAAUUUGAUGAAAUGGUUGGAGAAGAAGUUUGUUGUCAGGAACGCUCCAUUUAUAAAGGAUACACACACAGAGAUUAUGUACUGUUCUGGGCUAAGUCCAUUCAUCAAUACAGCAGUGAAAAGGCCCCCAUUUUACUGGUCGGCACCCAUGCUGAAAAAAAGACAGAAAAGGAGAAAGCCGAGUUUUUUCGUGAGGUAUGGAAAACUUUGGAAACGAAAGACAAGUCCCUGCAAGGUCAUCUUGACACAGGGAGGAUGUUUUCAGUAGGAUUUCAUGACAAAAAAUGCAUUAAGAAAAUCAAAAAGGCAAUUGUUGAUGUUGUUCAAAAUCUUGAUCACUGGGGUGAAAGGCUUCCACAAUCAUGGGUGAUGUUUGAAAACUUCUUCCUGGAAAAGAAAAACCUGAAAAUUAUCAAUAGAGGAACACUUAUGGAUUUCAAUGAAGCGUUGCCACUGGACAUAAAAUUAGAGACAGUUGAAGAUAUCAAUACCAUGCUGCAGUUUUUCCAUGAUAUCAGAGAAAUUUUGUAUUUCGAUCAGAAAUUCCUCAGAGAAAUAAUCAUCCUUGAUGUUCAGUGGUUUGCGGAUGCAUUCAAAAAUGUGAUAACUGAUGAAAACCAUGCAAAGGAGGAUCUAUUUGAUUGUGCCUCAGAAUGGGACAAAUUCAAUGAUACUGGAGAACUGAAUGACUCUUUGCUGUCUAGGAUUUGGAAAAUGAACAAUAAUGAAUACCUUGAACACAAAGAUGAUAUUAUGCUGUACUUGGAGAAGCUGGGGCUCCUGGCUAGAAUGAAUGGCGAAAAAUGGUAUGUUCCUUGUAUGAACAAAAUUCCAUUUCCUGUUGAUGCGUUUUCAUCAUAUCCUGCCUCAUCCAUUCUCUGCUACAUGUUCGAUGUUCUUCCAGCUGGAAUUUUCCACCGCCUUGUAGCAACUUGCAUGCAGAAUCCUUCAAGGAUUUUUUCCUUUGGAGACCAAGGAUGCAUAUACCAGACUGCUGCUAAGUUCAUGUAUCAGGACCGCCACCAUAAUAUUCUGAUCGGAAUGACCCAGACAGAAAUUCAAUUGCAGGUGUUCGUUGUAGAGGGAGAUAUCGAUGUUUCAACAUGCCACCAAAUAAGAGAAAUACUUGAGAGUGUGUUACACGAUCUUUCAAACACAUUCCAGGAAAACUCUGAAUUCCACGUUGCGUUCAAAUGUAAACCUGCUGGAUUUUGUGACAGCAGAGAGAGUGCUGUCCUAAGUGAAUCAGAGUUUUCUCGAGCAACUUUUCAGUGUCCUUCCUGUAAACAAAAGAACAUUCAUAUUAUCAAUACAAGAGACAUCACAAAAUAUUGGAAACAGGAACAGCAACAGAAGAAUUUGGACGAGGAGGGAAGACUUCUUAGUCCAGUUGAUUCUUUAGAACGAAGACCAACAGACAAAGAACUGAUGACGGUCAGUGGACAAAUUGGAACCAUUUUCCAAAUAGGGAUUUGUCUUGGCCUAGACAACGCUACAAUCCAACAAAUAAGGAUUGAUUACCAGAAUCACGGUGUGAAGAUACAGGUGUUCCAAAUACUUUGUGAGUGGAAAAGGAAGGAGGGGGGGCAAGCGAGUGUGAAGAAGCUCCUUGCUGCAAUCAAAGAAUUCAAAGACGAAGUCGAUUUUGAGGGAAUAGAAAGGGUUAUUAACACGUGA